AUGGCAAGACAGAACCAGAAUCAAAAUCAAAACCAGAACCAGAAUCGAAAUCAAAACCAGAACCAGAACCGAAAUCAAAACCAGAAUCAAAGGCAAAACCAGAAUCAGAACCAGAAUCAAAGGCAAAACCAAAGUCAGAACCAGAACCAGAACCAGAACCAGAACCAAAACCAAAGGCAAACCCAGAAUCAAAACAGGAAUUCGGAUCCCAAUUCGAAUUUGAACGGAAACGAUGAUUUCAGUCUGAGGGAGACGAGGCCGAGUUUAGGAGGAGGAAGGGUUCCUGGCAAUGAUCGAUUUGGAACAGCUUUUGAUCUUGUGGAGCAAAUGCAUUACUUGUAUGUAAGAAUUGUGAAGGCCAAAAGUUUGCCACCAAAAACAGGUAAUGCUAGUAUUCUUCCUGACCCUUAUAUCGAAAUUAAGCUUGGCAAUUUUAUCGCUUCCACCAAACAUUACGAAAAGAAUCCGAAUCCCGAAUGGAACCAAGUGUUUGCAUUCCCAAAAGGCCGGAUUCAGUCACUGAUACUUGAACUCGUUGCUAAAGAUAAAAAUAACACUGAUGAGGAUGAUUUCAUUGGUGGUGUUGUGUUCGAUAUCAGUGAGCUCCCUGUUAGGGUUCCCCCCGAUAGUCCGUUAGCAGCCCAAUGGUAUCGACUGGAGAACGUUAAUGGCGGCAGAGAUGGAGGAGAAUUGAUGGUGGCUGUUUGGAUGGGUACACAAGCCGAUGAAUCUUUCCCAGAUGCCUGGCAUUUGGAUGCCCUUUUGGUUAACGGUGAUGGGGUUACUAAUAUAAGAUCAAAAGUUUAUUUAUCUCCUCGGCUUUGGUAUGUUCGAGUUCAAGUGAUCGAGGCUCAAGAAUUGCAGAAUAUUAACAACGGUAACAACCGACAACCGGAAGUUCUUGUGAAAGGUGCAAUCAUGAAUUUGGUUUUGCGGACUAAAGUUUUGCCGAAACCGUUAUGGAAUGAGGAUCUGAUGUUCGUUGUAGCGGAGCCAUUUGAAGAACGACUGGUUUUGAGCGUGGAGGAGAAACUUGGAAACAAAGAAGAAGUUCUUGGGAAGUGUUUGAUUUCGCUGCAUAAUGUGGAAAAACGAAUGGAUAAUCGGGUCGUAACUAGCAGAUGGUAUAAUCUUGAAAAGCACACGAAAGGCGAAAACGGGCAGGUGAAUGUUGUUGUGUUGAAUAGCCGGAUUCAUGUAAGAGUCUGUUUGGAUGGAGGGUAUCACGUUCUUGACGAGUUGACUCAGUACAGCAGCGAUCUACGGCCAACGUCUAGAUUACUCGGAACUCCAAGCAUUGGUGUUCUAGAAUUGGGAAUAUUGAAUGCUCAAGGAUUAGCACCGAUGAAAACAAGAAACGGGCGUGGGGCGGUUGAUGCUUAUUGUGUAGCGAAAUACGGCCACAAAUGGAUUCGAACCAGAACUGUAAUCGAUUCUUUGAAUCCCCAAUGGAACGAACAGUACACUUGGGAGGUUUUUGAUCCAUGUACCGUGAUCACAAUCGUUGUGUUGGAUAACUGUCAUCUUCAAGGGGUGGAUAAUGGUCGUGGAUCAAAAGAUUCAAGAAUUGGGAAGAUAAGAAUCCGACUAUCGACACUUGAAACCGAUCGAGUCUACACUCAUUCGUAUCCGUUGAUCGUUUUACAGCCAUCGGGUGUGAAAAAAAUGGGCGAAAUACAACUCGCAGUGAGGUUUACGUGCGUAUCGAUGCUGAAUCUGAUGCAAGUUUAUUCACAACCAUUGUUACCACGGAUGCAUUAUGUUCAUCCACUGACGAUUUUCCAGCAAGACAGUUUGCGGCACCAAGCGACUCAGAUCAUGUCCAUGAGGCUGAAUCGAGCUGAGCCACCGUUGCGGAAAGAGGUGGUGGAGUACAUGCUCGAUGUGGGUUCAACCAUGUGGAGCCUGCGAAAGAGUAAAGCUAACUAUUGCAGGAUCAUCGAGGUUCUUUCGAGCCUUAUUCUGUUCUGCAAAUGGUUCAAUCAUAUCUGCAAUUGGACUAGCCCGUCUCUAUCGGUUCUCGUGCACGUUUUGUUUGUGGUUCUUGUCGUAUACCCACAAAUGAUCUUCAGCACAAUGUUGUUUUACUUGAUUUUGAUUGGGAUUUGGAAGUAUCGUUCAAGAUCACGACACCCGCCACAUAUGGAUAUCAAGUUGUCUCAUGGCGAUAAGUCGAGUGCCGAUGAACUCGAUGAAGAGUUUGACGGUUUCCCGAGUUCUAAAAAUGCCGACGUGUUAAGGAUGAGAUACGAUCGGCUCAGAAGCGUGGGGUCGAGGGUUCAAACAGUUAUUGGCGAUUUAGCGACUCAAGGGGAGAGGAUUCAGAAUCUGAUAUCAUGGCGUGAUCCACGAGCCACGACUAUGUUUCUCGUAUUCUGCUUUGUGUUGGCUAUCGUUCUUUAUGUUGUUCCUAUUAAAUUGGUGGUUUUGGCCAUGGGUUUCUUCGUUUUGCGGCAUCCGAAGUUUCGACAUCGGCUACCUUCGGUGCCGAUGAAUUUUUUCCGGAGAUUGCCGGCAAGAACUGAUGGAUUGUUGUGA